CCCCUGAAAUUGAAGAUGAGCAGGCUACAGUCUGCGCAUCAGGUUAUCCAGGAGCACGUUAGUCUGUUUAUUUCCUUCUUGUCAUCCCCGAGUCCGGGGUCAGCGCCGUCGGUGCUCUGCCUCCCAGGACUUCGGGGUCCAGGUGGUGGGAAGAGCAAGAUUGGGAUAAUUGGUGGAACAGGCCUGGAUGAUCCAGAAAUCUUAGAAGGAAGAACUGAAAAAUAUGUGGAUACUCCAUUUGGCAAGCCUUCUGAUGCCUUAAUUUUGGGGAAGAUCAAGAAUGUCGAUUGUGUCCUCCUUGCAAGGCACGGGAGACAGCACAGCAUCAUGCCUUCAAAUGUCAACUACCAGGCGAACAUCUGGGCUCUGAAGGAGGAGGGCUGUACACAUGUCAUAGUGACCACAGCUUGCGGUUCCUUGAGGGAAGAGAUUCAGCCUGGCGAUAUCGUCAUUAUUGAUCAGUUCAUUGACAGGACCACCAAAAGGCCUCAGACCUUCUAUGAUGGAAGUCAUGCCUGUGCCAGAGGAGUAUGCCAUAUUCCCAUGGCUGAACCGUUCUGCCCCAAAACGAGAGAGGUCCUCAUAGAGACGGCUAAAAAGUUAGGACUCCGGUGCCAUUCAAAAGGGGCAAUGGUCACAAUCGAGGGACCUCGUUUUAGCUCCCGGGCAGAAAGUUUCAUGUUCCGCACCUGGGGGGCGGAUGUUAUCAACAUGACCACGGUUCCAGAGGUGGUUCUUGCUAAGGAGGCUGGAAUUUGCUACGCAAGUAUUGCCAUGGCAACAGAUUAUGAUUGCUGGAAGGAGCAUGAGGAAGUGGUUUCAGUGGACCGGGUCUUAAAGACCCUGAAAGAAAAUGCCAAUAAAGCCAAAAGUUUACUCCUCACUACCAUACCUCAGAUAGGUUCCAUGGAAUGGUCAGAAACCCUCCAUAACCUGAAGAAUAUGGCCCAGUUUUCUGUUUUAUUACCAAGACAUUAAACUAGCAUGGCCACCUAGAGGACAAGAAGACUUGCUAAUUCCAGUCAUUUGGGAAAUUUCAGCUUAACUUGGAAAAAACAUGGAAAAGACAUGCAGCUCUCAUGCCCUCGCCUACUAAGGAAGAACAUAUUAGACCACACGUGCACAUACCAGAGAUGCCUUCUAGAAGGGUUAGACUGCUUCAGAAAAAUGGCCAAUGAACAUGUGGAAAAAUUCUGACAUCUGACACUUUAGAAAAAAAAAUAAGACCUCAUUUACCUUUGUAAAUUUGUAAUAAUAAAGGGUUUCCCAUGUUACCAAGGAAAUAUGAAGAAGAAAUGGGAAUUCUUAGACUGUUUAUUGGUGUGACUAUAAAUUUCAUACAGUCUUUUUGGAGGGCAGUUUGGUAAGAUGUAUCAAAAGGCUUAAAAAUACUUAUACUCUUUGUGCUGGUUACCCCACUCCUAGGAAUUUAUCUUUAAAAAAUUAUCAGGGAUACAAAGAACCGUGUAUAAGGAAGGAUGUCUAAUAUAGCAUUAGUCAUAAUAGCAAAUAUUCAAAACAAUCUUAAUAUCCCAACAGUCAGAGGUAAAUUAUGGUAUAGUUCUAAUUAGAUUGUGAAGCAGCCAACUGAAGAUCCUGUUUUCACAUAAUAUUUGAUGUCCUAAAGAAAUGGUUGCUCUAUAAUAUGAAAUGAAAAAAGGGUAUGUGUACACAUUUUACAUUGCUAAUGUUGUUUUAAAGUUCUACAUUAAUGUACAAAAAGACCAGAAAUGGAUAUAUAAUCUUUUGUUAACUGUAUUUGGGGUUGGGACACUGAAUCAUUUUAAUUUUCUUUAUAUUUUUCUGUGUCUUCACAUUUUUCUACAAUGAAUAUAACCAAAUAAUAAAGUCUUAAAAAUAAAAAGAUCCAGCUCUUGAAAACAUA